AUGAUUGUUUCCUUAAAAAUUCGUUUUACACAACGAAGAUCUUGUAAGAACUAUUUCUGUACGAAUAGUAUAAUUCCUCACGGAGUUCAACAAGAAACACCUUAUCUAAUAACGAACUCAUUAUCAGCCGGAUUUCGUAUUCGUUCAUAUGUAAAUUAUUUACAAUUAUGCUAUUAUUAUAAUCAUUUAUCUUCUAAUAAAAAAAUAUUUAAUUUCAAACAAGAAACCAUGGAUCAAUAUAAAUUUUUACUUGGAAAUAAUGAACAAUUGAUUGAUUUUCUAUUUAAACUUUCAAUUAAAUCCAAUAAUAAAAAUAUUCUUAACAAUCUUAUUUUAACACAACGAUAUAAUUUGAAAAAAUUAUUUAAAUAUAAUCAUCCUUUAAUCUAUUAUAAUAUUUGUAUAUUAACAUCAUAUGAUACAUUUUUAAUAAAUCCAAUUCAUUCAUUGUUAUCUCAAAUUUAUUCUCAAUUAAAAUUCAAACUCUAUAAUGGACCUAUUGAUGCUAUCGAACAAACCAUUUCUUACUAUUCACUUAAUAUCGAUACUAUUUUACAAGAAUAUUCAAUACAAUUUAAAAAUAUCCAAUUGACUGUGCAUAUUGAUUUCAAUAAUGACAAAAAUUCCAAUGAAUUAUUGUUAAAUAUAACAUGUUUAACAUGUGAUACAAUAAGUCAAGUGAAAACUAAAAUUCUUUACGAAUUAAAUUCAAUGAAUCCAAUAUCAAUAAAUGAAUCAAAACUUUAUCUAUUAACAAAUCAUUCAUGUUCAAGUUCAUCAUCAUCAUCAUCCACAGCAUCAUCAAGUGUACCACUGGCAAGAAAAUCAAUGUUAACUAAAGUUCUUUAUAGUCGUUCAAUAAAAUAUUCAACAACGAUAAUCAAUGAUACAUAUCGUGAUUCUUGUAAUCUGUUAUUAAAUGAUAUUGAUAAUACAAGUGAACAAAUACAUAAUGCAAAAAAAUUAAAUACUUUACAACAUUAUGGAAUUAAUUCAGAUGGCUAUGAACUUAAAUUAGUUUUAUCAAUAAAACAAAUGAAUCAUGCUGACAAUAGUUUCAAUUUGAUAAAUACUUUUCAAAAAUCUUGUCAUUAUUGCUCAUUAACAACAUGUAAUGAUAAAAUAAUGUUCAAUUAUUUAACAUCACCACCGCUAUCUAAUAUAGAUACAUUGUUAUCCUAUGAUCGAACACAUUAUAUUCAUUUAUUAAAUCAUACAUACGAAGAAAUCGAUAGUGAAUUAGGUCAAUCAUUAAUAAAUAAUAAUAAUCAUGAUGAAACAUUUCGUUUAUUUGAAACAAAAGCUAUGAUAAAUUCAUUACUAAUUAAUUUAAUUGAAACUUUAUUUAAAAAUCUCAUUCAUAAUGAUACAUUCUUUAAUGAAUUAAUGGAACAAUAUUCACCAGUUUGUCAUCAAUACUAUGCUCAUUUUAUUCCAUUUAUUUUUCAAAAUAUUGAUUGUUUAUUGGAUGUAUCAAUUGAUAAAUGUUUAAAUAAUUCAUUAAGCAUUCUUUCAAUGAUUUUUCAAAUUGCUUGUUGUCAACAAGCCGAACAAGAAUGUUUAUUAUGUAAUGAAUUGUUGAAUAGCAAGAAUUCGAAUUCUACUAUACAGAAUUGUACAUUAUUAUUUGCUGAUGAAAUACAACGUGUUCGAUUACAUUAUUCAAAUUUAGAGCAAUCUUUAAAAGAUAAAGCUUCAUCAUCGGAAUAUUCAUCGACAAACAUAGGUAUCGAUAAAAAAUUUGAAUUGGAUGAUUCGAUUUUUCAUGAUCUCUUUGAAUAUUCUUGUUCGCAUGCUGAUCAGAUUAUUGAACAUUUAAAAAGUCAAUCGUCUGACACUAAUGCUCUAUCAAUAUUUCUUAGUCUUAUAAAACAAUAUCGAUCGAUGGAAUUGACUUGA